AUUGAGAUUCCGCGCUGCACGUCUGGCCACCGAUGCAAAGCAUGAAUGAAAAUGCAUGCAGAGCAAAAGCAUCUAGUUCAUGAGUUCUACCGCCCGACUGCCCGUGACAGGUAUCCCGGCCACCUCACUGUGGAUCCUUGUCCGUUUGAUGGAGGCGGAGGACACACCACCAGUGCGCCUCAUGCAUUGGCCAGCAGCGAGGUCCUCAAACCCCGCCUUGUAUCGGUUCUACGGCCUUGUUCGGUGUGAGGGGGAGCACGUUCCAAAGGAAUGGGGUGCAGGGAUGCAAGCGUCUGAACUACGCAGGACUUGGGAGGCGCAGAUCCACAUCGACCGUGGUUCCCACAUCAUCGCUGCAUCCGACGCAAGCUCAUCCGCUCGCCGAACGGCAUUUUGUAUAUCUUUUCCAUAAAAAGGGGGAAUCUUGUGGCUUUCUUUGCCUCGGCUGAAUGUUCUGGGUUUUUGAUUUCAGCUCCAUGUUUGUGUUUUGAGGUUUACGGAGUUGGUGGGUGUUAUGCAUUCGGUGGUUUGGCUUCUAUUCUUCACAUGAUGGG